AGAAAAAAUUGUGCGACUAUACCGCCACCUGUAGUGAGAAGUCAUGGGGUCUCGUGGACCCAACUCCGGCAACAUUUUAUAUACUACAACAUUUACAUAAACCUCAGGUCACGAAUUUGAUCAGUCCCCAAAUUCCCUAUUCGAAUUAAGAAGCAACCUUCCUAGAACUUGGGAGGAAACAAGUCUUGGGGACUAGUCAAUUGAAUACGUUACCUUCAAUAAUAACAAAAAAAAAUUAAAAAAAAAAUUAAAAGAUUCUGCCGAAAUCCAAUUGAACAUUUCUCCAUUGCUUUUAUCAAAAGGAGUAUUGAUUUUAUCGAUUGUUCUUAGAUUUAUUGUUUCUUCGAUCGCAGAGAUUUGUUUGAUGCAAUUUCAUAUGGGCAAGAUUGAACUUUGAUAUUGAAAUAAGUGAUUCAUUUUGGAUCCUGUUAGCCUUGUGUCUAAUUUUCUUUGCAUUUGUCUGUUUCAUGAUACUUGUAAUAAUUGGUGAAAAGCAAAAUAGGCUUGUGAACAUUCCGGUUGUUCUCAGGCCAUUGAUUUACCCGUUUGAGCAAAAGGUUUUACCUUUCUGUAUCCCAAGAGAUAGGUGGGACAAGGAGUUUUACAAUCUACAAGGUGGAUAGUACGUUGUAAGGUUAGUAACUCUGAAGAUGAGUUCUUCGACGCGGUUGUCCACAAAUGUAGCAGGCUUAGUUGAUGGGUCUUCUUCUGCUGCUCAUAGAGAGGUUUCAGUUUUUGAUGGUUUGCCAAUAUAUGUGAAGGAGCUCAUUGCUGGUGGAGCUGCUGGUGCAUUUGCCAAAACUACUGUUGCCCCACUGGAGCGUGUCAAAAUACUUUUCCAGACAAGAACCGAAGGAUAUCAUUCCAUCGGAGUUUAUCAAUCUCUAAAGAAGCUUUUGAAGCAUGAAGGCAUUAUUGGAUUUUACAAAGGAAAUGGAGCAAGUGUUCUCAGAAUUGUCCCAUAUGCUGCACUUCAUUACAUGACCUAUGAGCGGUAUCGAGGAUGGAUAUUGAAUAAUUACUCUGCCUUAGGAACAGGACCUGUUGUAGAUCUUUUGGCUGGCUCAGCAUCUGGAGGAACUGCAGUUUUAUGUACAUAUCCCCUUGAUUUAGCUCGGACCAAACUGGCUUAUCAGGUCAAGGACCUGAGAGGAAACUUGGGAAAUGGCAGUAGACCAACCCAUGUUCAUCCUCAAUAUAAUGGCACUAAAAAUGUUCUAGAGGCUGUCUACAAGGAAGGAGGACUCCGUGCACUUUAUAGAGGUGUAGGGCCCACACUUAUUGGCAUUCUUCCUUAUGCUGGAUUGAAGUUUUACGUUUAUGAGGAGUUAAAGAGGCAUGUUCCUGAAGAGCACCAAUCCUCCAUUUUGAUGCGUCUCUCGUGUGGAGCUAUAGCUGGUUUAUUGGGUCAGACACUUACAUAUCCAUUGGACGUGGUUCGGAGACAGAUGCAGGUAGAGCAUCUGCAACCUUCAUUGCAAGAGAGAGCCAGAUAUAGGAGCACAUUUGAUGGGCUUUCUUCAAUUGUUCGUAAUCAUGGUUGGAGACAAUUGUUUGCGGGGCUCAGUGUUAAUUAUAUGAAGAUUGUUCCCUCGGUGGCAAUUGGUUUCACAGCAUAUGACACAAUGAAGACGUAUCUUCAUGUUCCUCCCCGGCAGAAAUCAAAAUCCGUAUCAGCUGGAUAAAUACACCCCAAAACUGUGACAGCAACUCACACAAUUCUAUAUAAUAACUUUGAUGAUCUUGAUUACCAAGGGAAAAGAAUACGUAUUCAAGGCGUGCAAGAAGUUCUUGCCAUGCGUGAGGCCUGGAGAGGGGUCAGACCACAUUGGGUAUAUUUUACACAACCCUACAAAUAAUUUACUUAAAACACAUCACUUUACUAAUUCUCUCUUCCUAGUGCAAUGUGCUUUCUGAUGUAAAAGUAUCAUAUUCCCAUUAUACAUGACAUUGUUACA